CGACAUUGCGAAGCUCCUCUCUCGCGCAGGGAAUAUCAUGGGGCAAGAGCGGAGAUAAUUUUUUUUCGUUGCAGUCUAAGAAUAUAUAUCCGCCGCCAUCAUGUCAAAGAUCAACGUGAAGACCACUUUCGAGGCCUCGCGCACUAUCGGCCCCAUAUAUACCGGCGGUAGCACUGCGCUGGAUGCCAGUGGUCGUCUGCUGGCAUCAUGCGUCGGAGAAGAGGCGCUCAUAGUCGAUUUAGACACUGGUGACAGACUUGCAACUCUUGAAGGAGAUGGAGAACUGAUCACCAGUCUAGCGAUUACUCCUUCGGCUUCACAUUUGAUUCUUUGUUCCAGAUCACAGGCUAUGCGCAUAUUUUCCCUGUCGCCGUUCGACGAGUCAACCCGGAGCAUUCAGUCUGAACUUCUUAGGACACUGAAGCCUCACACUUCCCCUGUGGUGACGACUGCAAUCGACGAGACUGGUACUUUACUUGCUACUGGUGGUGCUGAUGGGUCCAUAAAAGUGUGGGAUAUCAGGGGUGGAUAUGUGACACACACUUUCCACGGCCAUGGUGGAGUGAUCUCAGCACUAUGCUUCUUCCAGGUCUCUUCCCAGGAUGGAGAGGAGGGGACCAUGAUCAAAAAGAAAUCCAAAGGCCGAAGCCGUAAGAAUGGUGACGAAGAGAUGGAAGACGCAGACUCUUCUGCUACAGGCUCGACGGCCGGGUUCCGUCUAGCAUCUGGAAGUGAGGACGGCAAAGUUCGAGUGUGGGAUUUGCACAAGAGAAAGUCGAUCGCUUCUCUUGAUUCACAUGUUUCAGUUGUGCGCAGCCUGUCCUACUCACCAAAGGAGAAUGCUCUUCUCUCCGCAAGCAGAGACAAGACUGUCAUCAUUUGGGAUUCGCGCACUUGGAAAACUCGAAGAAUCAUUCCUGUUUUGGAGAGCGUCGAAGCUGCUGGCUUCGUGAGUGACAGCGAGCUGUGCUUUGCUGCGGGAGAAAAUGGCAGACUCCGUGUUUGGGACUGCAACCGUGGGAGUGAGGUUACUGAAGAACAGGAGCCGGCCUCCGAUGUCGAAACCAUCGUCACGAUACAAUAUUCUCCGGGCCUGCCCUUCAUUAUGACCGUCCAUGCCGAUCAGACGUUGAGACUCCAUUCUAUUGCAUCCCUGUCAAAUUACAAGCCUGGGUCUAAACUGGAGCCUUUGCCAAUAGUCCGUCGUAUCUCUGGGAACGACGACGAAAUCAUUGAUCUCGCAUGUGUUGGACCGGAUCGAUCAAUGCUUGCUCUCGCCACAAACACUGAGAGUAUCAGAGUCAUCUCAAUGGGAACAUCAGAGAAGAAAGGGAUUGAGGUGGCCGGCGAUUACUUCGGCGCUGAUGUCACUCUUCUUGAGGGUCACGACGAUAUUAUUAUCUGCGUUGACGUUGACUGGUCUGGACACUGGCUGGUUACAGGCGCGAAAGACAACACUGCACGACUGUGGCGUCUGGACCCUGAGAGCUCCUCGUACACUUGCUUUGCCCACUUUACAGGCCAUGCUGAGACCCUGGGUGCAGUCAGCCUUCCACGAGGAGCACCGCCUUCCAGUUCGGCGGCAUACAAUGACCCCUUGAGUCAUCCUCCAGCAUUCCUUUUGACAGGCUCCCAGGAUCGUACCAUCAAACGAUGGGAUACCGCCAAGUUGAAGCCAAACAACUCAGAACCAUACUCGCCUAAGGCUGUCUACACGAGAAAAGCGCACGAAAAAGACAUCAACGCGCUAGACGUUAAUUCUACAUCUACCAUGUUUGCCUCUGCUUCACAAGAUAGGACUGUGAAGAUAUGGUCUCUGGAGGAUGGCCAGGUGGUAGGUAUUCUGCGCGGCCACAAACGCGGCGUGUGGUCUGUCCGCUUCGCCCCGAAAGAUACACCGAUUAUAAGUUCGGAGUCGGGCACCAGCACUAGCAAAGGCCUUGUCCUUACUGGCUCUGGUGAUAAGACUGUGAAGAUCUGGAGCCUUGCAGAUUAUAGCUGUCUGCUUACCUUCGAAGGACACACGAACAGUGUCCUCAAAGUACUCUGGCUCCCGCCCUCAGAACUCGCCAGUGAGGAGGGGGACGAGGAGAAGCAGGCGCUCGCACGAAAUGCCGCCGCCCAAGCUCGUCCCCUGGUUGCUUCAGCCGCUGCUGAUGGCCUCGUCAAGAUCUGGUCACCAUACACUGGAGAACUUGAAACUACCUUAGACAACCACACUGACAGAGUGUGGGCAUUAGCAAGCCCUACUCCUUCUGGGUCACGGGCUGAUGUCAAGUCACCUUCUACAUCUCACAAGAGAACGCCCUUUGCGCUCGUUUCCGGAGCGGCUGACGCGACGGUUACAUUUUGGACGGAUACGACAUCUACGACUCUUUCUGCCGCUGUUAAUGCCAAUUCUGCCCGUAUUGAACAGGAUCAGCAACUACAAAACUACAUCCGGGCUGGCGCAUAUCGCGAAGCCAUCACGCUCGCUCUUCAGCUCAACCAUCCUGGCAGACUUCUCUCUCUCUUCACGGCUGCUAUUGACGCUGCAGACGAUCCAUCCUCCGAGGAACACGCUAGAGCCGAGGGCAGCCUCACGGGAAAUCCGGACAUUGACACAGUUCUCCAGUCUCUCGACCCUGUCAACCUUUACACACUUAUCCUCCGCGUCCGUGACUGGAACACAAACGCGCGUACUUCACGCGUGGCUCAACGCAUCCUGUUUGCCCUCGUUCGCUUCUACCCCGCUUCAACCUUCGUAGAACUGGCGUCCAAUCCUCCGCGGAUACCCAACCUCAAACCUGGUAAAGGUGCCGCAGCAAUGAAAGACGUGCUACAGGCGCUAUCUGCAUACACGGACCGACACUACCGUCGGGUUGAGGAACUAGUCGAUGAGAGCUAUCUCGUGGAAUGGGUCCUGGGCGAGAUGGACGGUGGCGUUGGUCUCGGAGGCCUGGCGGAACCAGGAGCUGCGGUUAACGGUGAUGCAACCGAGAUCCCAGAGCAUGAGAAGGAUGUUAUAAUGUUGGGAGCGUGAUCAAGAAAGAAAUGUUAUACUCGUUGAUACCUGGUACAAAGUUAGAGGGGGCCUGUAUCUGUGCAUUUGUAAUGGAGUUCAAAAACUGAAGGGUCUGGAAACCAAGGGAAAAGACUAAAAGCUAUCAUUAUUGCCUUGUAUUACGAUAUUGACCUGUAUGUGGUGUUCUAGAAUGGUGUCGAGCAGCUGCGACACAAUUUGGAUUAUUUUCGUGUAGUCUCUCUUAUGUGCCAUAAAUUCACAAGAUACCUGAGUACUCUAUGGGCA